UCUCUGUGGUUUGGUUUCUUGGCCAUGCGUAUAUAACAACUCCCAGCACUUCCGAUCUCUUCUUAUCGCCCCCUCCCCCUCCCUAUUCCUCCCCUCGAUUCUCCGGGUUGAUCCCGUCGCUGUCUGGGCCUGUUCCAUUGGAGGAGAAUCGCCCGGCUAGAAGAAAAGGCUUGGAAAGGAAGGUAAUUAUCUGACAUGGAUGAGCACAUGGGAAGACGAACAGUUGGCGGCCUCCUCUUCACCAAGGGAGGCUCAAUUCUUCUCUUCAGAGAAGACGGUUCGCGCCCCAAGUCCAAGAACUGCUGCUCGCGCCAUGGCUGUAGUGGUCAGCAUUCUGCUGACAAAGCCAAAGGCAAGGAGGUGCACAGGGCGGCGGCGCCCAAUGAAUCAACGCCAGCCACCCCUGGGAGAUCACAGAUUUUUCGGAAGCCCAACAGAAAGCCUCCACAUGAAAGCAGUGCUUCAGGCAGCAUCAGCAGGGAUGCAGGAGGCUCUUGUAGCGAAACCGGCAACAGGUCAAGAGACACUCCUGGGCCCGGGCGUGAUCUACUGGCUAGGCUUAAGGAGAGGGUCAACACAUCAAGGAAACGAUCGUUGAACAGGGAGAACAGCCCACAGUCACCGAGUGGAUUCAGUGCUGGUUCCCCGAGCAAUAGUCGAUCGGUCUCAAGGCCGUCGCAUCGGGCAGCUUCGAGGAUAAGAAAAGCUGAUGAAGGUGCAGCAAAUGCAGGAGCUGACGGUGUGCGCAGAAAUGGUGCUGGAGAUGCUAGGAGGAGUUCAGAGAGGAGUGACGACGACUUGCUGCUAGUUGAGCAGGUAACAAGAAACCAUGUGCCUUCUGAAGGGUUUCUUUCUGGAUUCAUGGCGAGAUACAGAAGCGGCCUUCAGGGAGACCUUUCAUCUCUGGACGACAGCAUGGAGGACUCAAAUGGAUACUUGCGCUUUGAUGUGGGUGGAAUAGAAGAGCUUGAGAACUACUUCAUAUUCAAUGAUCGGCAUAGAGGAAUGAGGAUGGAUAUCGACGGCAUGUCCUACGAAGAGCUGCUUGCUUUGGGAGAGCGAAUUGGUACUGUAAACACUGGUCUUUCAGACAAUGCAUUGUCCACGUGCCUGAACAGGAGCCUCUACAUGCCCACAGCUUCAGGUUCUCAUGAAGAUUGUGAAAGAAAAUGCAGCAUAUGCCAGGAGGAGUAUUUAGCCGGCGAGGAGGUGGGAAAGAUGGCAUGUAAGCACUACUACCACCUUUCCUGCAUACAGCAUUGGCUUCGGCAGAAGAACUGGUGUCCUAUCUGCAAAUCUGUUGCCCUGAAAAUCAACUAGCAACUCAUUUCAUGUUUGAAAUGAAGUGUAUAGAUUCUUCAUGUCCUGUAUUCCCUCCCCACCCCUCUCCAUUUUCCUUUUGAAAUUCUUUUCCCUUCUUUUUUUUACUCAAAACACUCAUUUUUAUUAUCAAUUUAAAUCGGAAAAGGAAAAAUUGUGUUGUGUGGGCU